AUGGAUCAAGAUUACGACACUGGAAAAGAUGUUUAUGUUAAGACAAAUAAUUCAACGAAUCAUGAAUUUACAUCUUACAUAAAAAACUUUAAAGAAUGGUCGGAAGGUGAAAAGGAAAUAGAUAGAUGGAUAGGAACACUUGGGUUUGAUCAAAGCAUCAUGAGAUUAACCAAUGUUCAUAUCAGGUUUGACAGAUUAGAUAUUCAUAAUGUAAAGUUCAUAAACAACACCGAGUCUACUCUUACAAAUACCUAUAGCAAUACAACCAAACAAAUACCAUUGUCGGAAAUCAUUGAAGUUAAGGCAGAACGUGUUCUUUUCAUUUUUACAAAAGCUGUUUAUAUUCGUACAAAGAACGUAGGAACCAAAGUAUUCAAAAUCAAUUCACUAUCACAUAGUGCUGAAAAGAUUGCUGAACAAAUCAAUCAUCAAAUUCAACUCUCGCGGAACAACAAUCAAUAA